AUGCCGGUCUCGCCAAAGGUUUACACUUGGCUCUGCGGCCUAUUCGCGGCACUGGGGUCUGUGACGUUUGGGUAUGACCUCGGUAUCAUUGCUACAGUAGAGUCCAGCGACGACUUUCUCUUGAAGACGGGGAACCCGACCGAGACCCAGCUGGGACUUAUCACAGGAUGUCUCUGUUGGCUUGCCAGGAACAUUUACGUCGGAUCCUUUGCCGACACCUUCGGACGCCGUCUGACGAUCUUGGCCGGCUGUAUCGUCUUCCUCAUCGGCGGCGCGAUCCAGACAGCAGCACAGAACAUCGGUUACAUGUACGGCGGGCGAUUUCUCGCCGGGAUGGGCAUCGGCAUGUUGGCCAUGCUCGCACCUUUGUACCAGGCUGAGAUCGCGCACCCGAGCAUCCGUGGCCGUCUGACGACGCUGCAACAGUUCAUGCUCGGAAUCGGUUCCUUGAUUGCAUCCUUCAUCGGGUACGGGUGCUACCAUGGCUUGACGGGCCAGGCGCAGUGGAGAGUUCCGCUGGAGGCGCUGCUUGUACUCGGUCGGCUUCAUGCACACGGGGACAUCACGGACCCCUUCGUCGUGAGCGAACACUUGGAGAUCCUCGAACAGCUCUUCGGCAUCCCAAGCAACUUCAGACGUCUCGUUCUCGGUGUCGCAUCCAGUUCAGCAUCAAUGACCGGCGUGAGCUGCAUCCAAUACUACGCGCCGACGAUCUACGCGAGCAUCGGGAUCGACACCUCGACCACGCUCGGGCUGCAGUCCGGCAACUCCGUGCUGUGCAUCUGGUACAUCGACCGGCUCGGCCGGCGCAAGGUGUUCGUGUGGGGGAACGCGCUCUGCGGGCUGACGUUCGUCGUCGGGACGAUCAUCAUCGCGCGCUUCCCCGCGGGCUCGAAUAACCCGAACGCGAGCAGGGCGUUCGUCGCGAUGACGUGGUUGUUCAACUUGGUGUUCUCGGCGUGUUGCGGACCUCUGUCGUGGGCGCGCAACCGCGCUAAAGCUACAGCGAUCACGUCCUCCGCCGCAUGGAUCUCAAACUUCAUGAUCGCGCAAGUCAGCCCUCCCGCAUUCACCACAGUCGGCUGGAAGUUCUACCUCACCUUCGCGAUCUGCGGCUUCACGAACGCGCUCUUCUUCUGGGCCUUCCUCCCCGAGACGAGGGGCAUCCCCCUCGAAGAGCUCGACAGCUACUUCGAGAGCGUGCCGGUCUUCGUUCCUGGCUCGCACGUCGCGCUCAAGGACCCCAAUGAGCGCGAGGCGGAGCUCUAUGAGGGCAAGGUGCACGUCGCGGGCGCACCAGUUCAGGAGAAGAUGGAUAACGAGGAGAUCGAAAAGGUGUGA